CGAGCCAUCACCCCUGUUCCCCUCAUUGCAACCCUGCCCCGUCCUCGCAUGCCAUUAUGUACAAGCGUCCCAUAUAAUAUAGCUAAGCCCGAGGAACCACAAAGUCACCAUUUCGCUUCUUCCCCCCCUUCGAGAACCUUACCUGACGCGCCGUUGGUACGUCUGUACGUCUGUCUGUACAUGCGCAUGCGCUGCCGCUGAGCAUCCUAUCUCUCAAUUUUAAUUUUCUUCUCGAAUCAUUCGCGCGUGUCCCGUACAUACAUCCAUCCUCUCGCUGCUUCUGCGGCCGCCGCCCUGUCUGUCACCAGCCAUCCUCCUCCACACCUUUCGCCCUUUCAUCCCGCCGUUUACAGUAUCCUACCAAUGUAAUUGCGAUGGUCCACGUUUUCAUACAGCAAGCGGACCAGCUAAACUGAGCAGUAACUCAACGGCUUGAACAGCAUUCACGUUCCAUCGAGCCAUCUCUACAUAUUUGCCAAGCUUCGGGCGCAGGCCAUCUGUCAGAGAGAGCCAAAGUGGACAUCGAGAACUUGAAGGGAGGAGAGCUCCGAGCCAGACGACCGAAACGAAGAUCAACAUCGAAUACAACGCCUGCGAUACAACUUCAGAAUAACCACUGUUUACGAGCUUCCGAAUUGCCUUGAUACUACCACCUCGCCUUUGGAUAUACCAACCAAUUGUUCAAGAUACCCUUCCCGCCGCAGCACAACACGCGAGACACGGAACGCAACCAAACGACUCAACUAUUUGGAACUCUCCCAAUUACGGCAACGACCGACAUUCAUAAACUUCACGGGUUGAUCUCCAAGGGGUGAGUUAACUUGGGUCUCGGUCCCAAUAUUCCACUUUCACAGAAAGCUCUCUUUCGCUCAACCAUCUUCUGCGCCGCACUCCUUCAGGCACCCUGUCGCUUGUCCCGUCUUCCUUACCCUGUCACCCAAGCCGUCUGUACAUCAACCCCGCCAUGAUUGUCGUUGCUCUAUGCUGCGCCGUUCUCCAACGACGCUGCAGAUCUCACGCCCACCACUUGUUCUCAGUUUAGCUCAUAUUACUAUACCCCAUGCCCAUCCUUCUCCUCCGUCCCGCCCCCUUUUACGCCCCCAACUAUCCUAAACGGCCUACGGCAGCGCUGACCGAAGCAGAAGUCACCUUGUGUUAUUCAAGGCUCGCAUAUUAUCUAUCGCUUGCCCCAGUCUAAGGGAGCAACAUCGCCAAAGCUGGUUGACCUAAGUCGUCCGACCACUUCGAAUCCUUCCAGUCGCCCAUCUCGCAGUCUUAUUCACGUCCCUAUCUGCAUGAGAGAAGGCAGAUAGUUGCUCGUUGUUCGAGUAGCACUUUCACCAUUCAGCCACUACAUCGCCAACAGCGGGCUUGGUCCCAGCACGAGGAAGACAAGAUGCUGUCCAACCCGCUCCACCGCUUUUCGCCAUACCAUGGCAUGCAGUCCAGCACCCUCUUCUCCAACGCCCACCAUGUUCCAAACGGCCAUGCCCACGCGAAUGGUCUCGACCCGAGCUCACACUAUGCUCUGCAGCAGAUCCAGCAGCAGGUUGGGGGAGUCCACAGCCCGCACCUCGCGCGUGCAGGCCCUCAGUCGACAAAACACCGCCAACACCCAUACGGCGGCGGACCCGCGGGUCGUUCUUCUAGCACAUCCGGUCCCGUCCGCAGGAGAAUCAGUCGGGCCUGUGAUCAGUGCAACCAGCUGCGUACAAAGUGCGACGGGCAACACCCCUGUGCCCACUGCGUAGAAUUCGGAUUGGGCUGCGAGUACAUCCGCGAGAGGAAGAAGAGAGGCAAGGCAUCACGAAAGGACCUUGCCGCGCAAGCUGCCGCGCAAGCAGGGACAUCAGGAGCAGAACAGGGCCCGAAAUCGCCUUCCGACGACAAUGGGCAGCCUUCGGAGCAAUCCGAGUCCAACAACGCCAAGGCAGGGCCAUCACUAGGCACGACGACUUCUCAACACGGCCACAUCGGCAAGGCCAUGGACGAGCUCAGCGAGGAAGCCAUACAUCAAAGCCAGAGGACCGGCUCACUCGAUAGCAUGGGAGAUAUGGUCAGCCACCAAGCCCACCUAGCAGCUCAUCAUGGGAUGGACAGAGAUCAACUCGAAAGCCAGACAACCAUGGAUCUCAACGGCUACGGGGGUGUCCACGGAGGAUACGACAGGCAAGGCCUGGGCGCGCACAUAAUGCCGGGACCGGCCCACGCAGCGUACGGCCCCAAUCAGGGCGGCAUAUCAGCAUAUCCCGACAUACCGUAUCCCAUGCAGACCCAGAGUCCAACGGCAUAUACCAAUGGCGCGCCAUUCCGAAUCGCAGCCAGCCCGAUCAGCGCAUACCCCCUCGGUGGUGAGCCGACGUCUCCCGGGUGGAUUUCCAUGUCCUCUCCGCCGGCGGCGCAAUACCAGUCUCAUAUGCCUCCGAGCAGCUACGGCCACCCCGGUCAACAGCAACUACGAUACCCGGUCCUGCAUCCUCUGAUGCCCCAUCUUGGAAACCUCAUCCCGGCGGCUCUGGCAUGCGACUUGAUCGACCUCUACUUCGCAUCCUCGUCCUCGGCACAGAUGCAUCCAAUGUCACCAUACGUCCUGGGCUUCGUCUUCCGCAAGAGGUCUUUCCUCCACCCCAGCAAACCGAGACGGUGCCAGCCGGCCCUGCUAGCCAGCAUACUCUGGGUGGCAGCCCAGACGAGCGAUGCGCCCUUCCUGACCAGCGUCCCCUCAGCACGGGGCAAGAUCUGCCAGAGGCUGCUGGAGCUGACCGUCAGCCUGCUCAAGCCGCUCAUCCAUACACCUUCAGGGGACACAUCACCGGUGACCAGCCCUGCCAUCGAUGGCGUAGCACUCGGCGGACUCGGCGUUGCGCUUCCGGGGUCCAUCAGCAUGGACGCGCUGACGGGCGAAUCUGGUCCGUUCGGAGCCGCCGGCACCCUCGACGACGUUAUCACCUACAUCCACCUCGCGACAGUAGUCUCCGCGAGCGAGUACAAGGGCGCGAGCCUGCGGUGGUGGAACGCGGCCUGGUCCUUGGCCAGGGAGCUGAAACUCGGCCGUGAACUGCCACCGACCCCUCUUUCCAUGAACCAGAGCAACGGGCACGACGGGGAUGGCGCAGACGGCGAGGUUGAAGAUGAAUUGGCGGGCAGCGGGCACCCGGGCGUCAUCACGGAGGAGGAGCGUGAGGAGCGCCGAAGGAUAUGGUGGCUCACGUACAUCGUCGACCGCCACCUAGCCCUGUGCUACAACAGGCCCCUAUUCCUCCUCGACCUUGAGUGUGCCGGCCUGCUGCAGCCGAUGGACGACACGGCGUGGCAGAAUGGCGAGUUCAGACCCGCACACGCCACGACGGACCCUAGCCUCGGAGGAGACGCCACAACCGGUGCCGGCGGCGUAUCGAGCGGCCGUGUGCGUGGCCCGCACUUUGAGUGUACGGGACACAGCAUAUUCGGCUAUUUCCUCCCGCUCAUGACGAUCCUGGGUGAGAUCGUGGACCUCCAUCACGCGAGGAACCAUCCGCGGUUCGGUGUGGGAUUCCGCUCGGCUCGCGAGUGGGACGAUCAAGCCAGCGAGAUUACGCGCCAUCUCGAGGCGUACGAGAAGAGCCUUGGGCGGUUCGAGCAGCUUCACCUCACGCGGGUGAACAACAUUAACCUCGAUGAUAACGGCGACGUAGUAGUGAACCCGGAGAGCGGCAGUGUAGACCACGGUCCGAUUGCUGAUAUUGGCACGCCCUCUGUCCACUCAGUCCACACAACCGCCUCUUCAUCCCUCAACCGCAUGACGGAGAGCGACAUCCAGACCAAGAUUGUCAUGGCGUACGGCACGCACGUGAUGCAUGUGCUGCACAUUCUGCUGGCGGGCAAAUGGGAUCCCAUCAACCUCAUCGACGACAACGACCUCUGGAUCUCGUCGCAGGGGUUCAUCACGGCGACUGGCCACGCUGUCUCGGCAGCCGAGGCUAUCAGCCACAUUCUCGAGUUCGACCCGGGCUUGGAGUUCAUGCCGUUCUUCUUUGGCAUUUAUUUGCUCCAGGGAUCGUUUUUGCUGCUCCUUAUCGCGGAUAAGUUGCAGCUUGAGGCGUCGCCUAGUGUCGUCAAGGCGUGCGAGACGAUUGUGCGCGCGCAUGAGGCCUGCGUUGUGACGUUGAAUACAGAGUACCAGCGCAACUUUAGCAAGGUUAUGCGAAGUGCUCUGGCGCAGGUCAGGGGUCGGGUGCCGGAGGAUCUCCACGAGCAGCACCAGCGUCGACGGGAACUGCUUGCUUUGUACCGUUGGACCGGCGAUGGAACGGGGCUUGCGCUCUGAUUUUUGGUUAAGCCUUGGCCAGCGCGGCACAGCACAUAUGGCAUGUGGGGAGUUUGGGAUAUAGUUGUAGGGUUCAUGGUAGAUGAGAAUACGGCCUUUGGGAUGUCAAAAGUAAUG